CUACAGCAGGUAGACCAAACAAAUGAACGAAAGACCGACCAAAACAUAGUAUGAAAAAAAAUUCACACUUCUUGUUAGUAUAUUGGUGAAAAAGUUGCAGUUCGAAGCUAGUGCACUGUGUAUGAAGAUUGUUUAGUGCAACGUUUGCAUGUUAAUGAAUGAAAUUGUAUUAAAAAUUGUUGAAAAUGUUUAUUAUUAUAUGAAUAAAACUGAAAUAAAAUAAGUGAAAUUAUCAAGAAUUUGUUGUGUUGUUUUUAAUUGUUUAAUAUAACUUUGUUUAACGAUGGCAGUUAAUAAUUUAUCAAUCGAUAGAGAAUUUCGGUAUAUUGUUCAGUGGUUUAACGAAUGGAGCGAUUUAGAACGUAACGAUUUCGUUCCUGUAUUUGUAAAUUAUUUCAUACAAGAUAAUGAGAAUCUACAUCUUAAUGGUGUUGUUAAUUCGGUGGCAGAUAUUGGGAUAAAACCGAUGUCAUUAUUUCAAUGUCGUAUUAAGUUAUUUCGUGAAUGGAACGUUAAAUGGCCACUUGAAUUUAAAUCAAAACUUAAAGAAAAAAUAAUUGAGAUCGAUCCAAAAACGGGCGAAAAUAUCAUUAGUGAAAUGAAUAAAAUUAAUAAAAUCACUAUAAAUGGGCAUGAAAACAAUACUCUUGAACAUAUUGAAGAAAUAGAAUCAACAGCUGCUGGUCUCCCAGUAGAAAACGGCCAAGCCACGUUAUCCGCUGCAGUUAGCGGUCAUGAAGAAUUCAAUACAGAAAAUCAGAUCGUAACGGUGCAAAGCAACGAUCUCGUGCUUACCAACAACGACAAUGCAGAACUUGCUGAGCAAGUUCAAAUGCCAACGCAAGAACUCGUUCCUGCUGAAGUCUCAUUAACUGCCUAGACUUAGUACGAUGCAUUUAAAUAAGUGAAAAUUAGUCUUAAGUUACGUCUGCACAUCUGUAUGUCGGUAUAAAUGUCCAUAUGGAAACUAAUGCACACCACAUAUAAACUGCACAUACUCAGAUAUUACUUAGCAAAUAUCAUCUACAUAUGUGUAUGGCUAGUUUUAUCUUUAAAGUUCACAAAAGAUAUUCAAAAAAAAAACAAUUAAAUUAAAUAAAAAAUAUUAUAUAA